AUGCGACUUUGCCGCGACCAGUUUGAUGAGAGUGACAGUGACGAAGAUGACCUGAACCACGAGCUCCUGCACAUACUUCGCACAAUUAAGCACCAGCGUUUUUCUGUCGUGCGGUCUUGCGACCCAUUCACGCUGUUUGCGGUCGUGCGUGGCAAAGUCGCCAAAAGCCCAGUGUCCCACCACUUGCUCGUGUUCUUGAACUACAUGGGAGCGAAUGGAAAUGCCGUUUGGAACGAGCACAUGGCGUCGUUCUUUGGCAUUGGUGCCGGCACAGGCCGAUUCCAACAUUUAAAACGAAUUCGCAAAAUUAUGGAUCGAAAAGCUGCCAUGACGUCCAUCAUCAAAACAAUCAUUGCGGCAUCAAUCCUGCACAACAUUUUGGUCACCGAGAACGACAUUGUCCCAGCAUCGUGGAUCGAGCUACAAGUCAACUGCAAUUGCAAUGCUGAUUUGCGUGGGUGUCGAGUAUGUUUUCCCAUCAUUACAGUGGAACAUGGCGACGCAAUCGAGAGCGAUGAGUGA